CCAUCCGCAGCUCAAUACCGCGUCUUAGGGCGACCCUCCGUCUCUGCAUACCAGGGCUCGUGAAGAUGUGCAGCUCCGGUCGCAUCUGGUUCCUGACAGACCGAAGAAUAAAAGAUGACUACCCCCAGCAGGAGAUAAAACGAGCCCUCAAAGCUAAAUGCUGUGAAGAAGAACUGGACUUCAGAUACCUCCUUAUGGACGAGGUGGUCCUGACCAUUGAACAAGGGAACCUUGGUCUGCGCGUGAAUGGAGAAUUUGUUACAUCCUACCCGCAGGUCGUGGUCGUCCGCGUGCCUACGCCUUGGGUGCAAAGUGACAGUGACAUCACCGUCCUUAGACAUCUGGAGAAGAUGGGCUGCCGGCUGAUGAACAGGCCACAGGCUAUUCUCAACUGUGUAAAUAAGUUCUGGACCUUCCAGGAGCUGGCUGGCCAUGGUGUACCCCUACCCGAUACCUUUUCCUACGGUGGUCAUGAAAACUUUUCAAAGAUGAUUGACGAGGCUGAAGUAUUGGAGUUUCCCAUGGUGGUGAAGAACACCCGGGGUCACAGAGGUAAAGCUGUAUUUCUAGCCCGGGACAAGCACCAUUUAGCAGACCUGAGCCAUCUCAUCCGUCACGAAGCCCCAUACUUGUUCCAGAAAUACGUAAAGGAGUCUCACGGAAGGGACGUCCGAGUCAUCGUCGUGGGCGGCCGCGUCAUCGGUACCAUGCUGAGGUGUUCUACGGACGGGAGGAUGCAAAGCAACUGCUCUCUAGGAGGUAUCGGAAUGAUGUGUACGCUCAGCGAACAAGGGAAGCAGCUGGCCAUUCAAGUCUCUAACAUCCUAGGAAUGGAUGUGUGCGGCAUUGAUCUUCUCACCAAAGAAGACGGCUCCUUCUGCGUGUGCGAGGCAAACGCCAACGUGGGUUUCAUCGCCUUCGACAAAGCCUGCAACAUGGACGUGGCCUCCAUGGUGGCCGACUACGCCAUCUCCCUCCUGCCAAGCCGACUGACCAGACGAAUGUCUCUUCUCUCCGUCGUGUCCAGUGCCAGCGAGACCAGCGAGCCCGAGCUCCCCGGGGGCACCUCUGUCUCAGGAGUUGACGUGUCUGCUCCACUUCAUCACCACGACGCUGGAGACAGCAUGAGCGCCAGUUCUAGCUCUGUGGACAGUGAUCCUGACACUGCCACGGAGAGGGAGCUUCUGACCAAGGGAGCCAUCUUUAACAUGAACCAGCUUCUUGCCAGCGAAAUGAAGCUUUUGGUGGAAUAGAUGGGAAAGGGGAC